AUGGUUGACAACGUGAGAGUGAUUGUACACAUUGUUGCAUUUAUCACCUAUAUUUACUCGUUGUAUUACAGUCUUAGAUAUAUAGGCCAGGGUGAUGAACAUUAUGUGUAUUUGUUCACUUACAGAGGCUUUGGUGGGAAGUUUAAGUUUCUCACAUUCCUAAAUGUGCUCAUGCAGACAGUGUACUUUGGGCUAAGUAUCAUGAAUGACUUGAAGGGUUCUCAUGCGAAGCCCUCUGAUGGUGGUCAGAAAUCCAAACUGCAGUCCUUCCUGGAUGUCUACCUAGCUGCUCUUGUAUACCCAGUUGGAGUGUUUGUAGUGAUGACAUUCUGGGGUAUCUAUGCUGUGGACAGGGAGCUGGUUUAUCCCAAGAAACUAGAUGAACUUAUACCUCAGUGGCUAAACCACACCAUGCACUCAACAGUUUUACCUUUCCUAUUGAUAGAGAAAAUUGUGGUUUACCACGAGUAUCCUACUAGAAGGAGGGGGAUGUCCAUACUGUUGGCAUUUGCUUUGCUUUACCUCUGCUGGAUCUUGUGGAUAGCUUACUAUGCCAACAUCUGGGUGUAUCCGGUGCUAGCAGUUAUGGAGGCCCACCAGAGGGCCAUAUUUAUCGGCAUUCUUUGUGUCUUCUUUCUCACUAUAUACAUGGUCGGCGAGUCUCUGAAUAAAGCGAUCUGGAGGAAAGAGCUUGCUGUGAAAAGAAAUCAGGGUGUACAACAGAGAAAGAAAAGCAAGAAGGUCUCUUGAAACAUGUGUUAAAUAGGUCACUUGUUUCUUUUUGUAUAACUUUUGUAUUUAAAACUGAAAUAUCAAUGAUUGUAUUUCUAUAAUCUUAAACUUAAGUUAAACAGAGCUGCUGAGUCCAUGUUACAGAAGCAUUUUAGGAUUUUUUUAACAUAUUUUAACUAUAGUGUAAUAUUUGGAAUUGUUAUAUUUCUUCAAAAAACUAAUUGUUUAAAAUGAAAUUCUCAUUUUAAAAAACACACUAUAUAGUCCAUAUUUUAAUUGCAGUAUCAACACUAAGCAUACUACUUUCUACCUGUGUAAUAAAACAGUUAAUGAAAAUGUUGAAUUUAAGGAAAAGGUAAAAUUUUAACUUAAUAUGCUUCUGUAAUAUGGCCACGGGCCUGUAAUCUAAAAACAUCAAGCCAUUUCCUAACAUUUUCAUAGUCAAAGAAAUAUACAUUUAUGAGUGUUUUUAUGUAAAUGGAAAAGGAUUUAAGUUUGGAAAUGUUAAGAUGUUUUAUAAAUACUGGCACAGGUGCUAGUUUCUGGAAAUAUAUAUCUACACAUAACAGGUUUAAGAAUCAUAUUUGAAUUAGGAAAAUUGCUUGCUUAAAUUUUAUUUUAAAAACCAAAACAUAUAUUAUCAUAAUUAUCUUUUUAACUUAUUUCCUGGAUAAGACUCCAAACACUUGAACAGUUUUAAGUCUCACAAUUUCUGCUUUCGUUUAUAUUGUUGUUGUUUUCUCCUUUUAAAGAAAUUGUGGCCAGUUUCUUGUGUGAUCAGAGGGACUUGGGAACCUUCUUGAAUUUGAAAUGAAAUGAAUUUGAUGCAGAUAUCUGGUUGCCAUGAUGACCGAAAGGAAAAAAGUUAGACAUCUUCUUGACAAAAACCAUGAGGCCUAGAGCUUAGAUAUUUUUGUGUGUUACAUUGUCUACCAAGUUUGUUCAAAUAAUUCACCUGGCCCAACACAAGGGGUGACAGGUUCCUUUCAUACUUAUAUAGGGAAAUCUUUGAAAAUCAAGUCUGAAAUUGCUAGACCCAGACUGUUUUUAUUCUCAUCUGAGGUGUACGACUCAGGGCCAUCAUGGCCCUCUUGUUAAGAUUUUUUACUUGAUAUUUUAAACAGUCAAAUAUUAUAUAACUAGUACCCAGAAAGGUUUUUGCUUGUAGAUAGGAAACAAUGUUGAACAUUUUUUAAUAUAGAAUAUUUCAUUUGUAUAUCCUAUUUAAUUGUCAUCAUGAUCCAGGAUAUCAUUGUGUGGAAAGUUAUGUCAUUUAUUCACUUGGAGAUUGAAAGAUUGUCCUUUAUGAACUCUUUUUUAUCCAAUGUUUGACAUUAACCAAUAUUUGGUCGACCAUUUAUACUUUGUUAAAAAAAUGUGGUAAAAACAAAUUGUUAAAUAACAUAAAACAUAUUAAUUGUUGAAGGCUGUAAAAUUGACCUAAAAAAAUAUAUUGUGUAAUAAUUAUAACAAUUUAUAUUUUUAUAUGCUUGCCAAAGAAGCAUUAAAAAAAACAAAGGAUUUUUUAAUGAUUUUAUUAAGAGCAUAAAUUGCAUUUUAUAAAAGUAUAUCCAUAAGUGUUUAUUCGAAGAUAUGAUAUGCUUAUAGUAUGUCUUUGUAUUUCUUUGUGUUAUGCACAUACUGUAUGAAGUGUUGUUUUUAUCAAGAAAUGAACAGAUUGUCAGUGUUUGGCAAUUCCAAAAAGAACAACUGAUUUUUCGUAAUGAACUAUUGUACUUGUAUAAUGCACUUGAAAACAAUCAAAUGAUGAAUGCUCUUAAUCAAAUAGUAAACCUAAAUGUUAGAGUUGUAAGUUGUAGAUAGUUAAGCCUUAAAGUUGUAGAUUAUAAUGGAUGUCAAUGUGUUUUCUUUUUUUGGACUAUAUUGUUUUGCUAUUGUUCGUUAUGUUUUGCUUUUUGACAUGUAUAUACAAUUGUGUGAUAUCCCAGGUAUUACCAGUGUAUGUAUGUUCACAAAUGACCCCACACCAAAAGAACUUUAAAGAAAAUUUAGAGUUGAUAAUGAUAUAAGGUGAUAAGAUAAGAACUACAAAAGCAUUGCUAAAACAUUUACAGAAAUGCAUUGUACUUGAAAUAAUUGCAUGCCUUCAACAUACUUUCCUUUUUGUGUCCUAUAUUGUAAUUUUGCCCGUUUGAUUCAAGCUGAUAGACAUAUACAUUUUAUAUCUUUAAUAUUUGAUCUUGGAUGUGGUCGAGGAACUAUCAGAGCCUUGGUAUCGUCAUUAUUGUACAGAAACUGAACUUGGCCAUAACUCAAAUAAUGUUCGCGAUAUUCUCUUUGAACUCAGUACACAACACCACUGACAUUAUGCACAUGCAUAUCAAGGCCCAUAUCUCUUGGUUUUCAUGAUAGAGGUAUACCCUUCUUUAACAGACAAGCGUAAAGUCGAUGAUAAUACAGGUCAAUGAACAUUCAUAGGGGUGCACUCGCAACAUGUGUCUCAAUCAGUUUAGUACUGCAAGAGUUAUAGGCCUUCAAUAGUUCAAUAUAUAUCGACAAAUACAGGUAACUGGACAUAUCUGUUGAAGUUUGAUGUUAAAUGUUUACAUUUCUAUCUAUACUUCACUUAUUGUACAGUAACUUAACUGGUAUCAAGUUAACUAGGCUUGAUAAAUCUGUGUAAUCCAUAACACUUAUUUAAUCCAUGUCUCUAAGCUUUAAUUCUUACCAUGUUUCUUGUAUGUAUUUGUAACAGAAAUCAGAAGUGGAAAUAAAAUUAUGUGUGUU